AUGCCUGGCUUCGCGGAUUCAUUCUGGACGCCAGAUUAUGCCACGGGCCUCGGGGUUCUGUAUGGGAAACUGCAACAGGGCGUUGUGGAGAACAAGCAGAUUCUGAUGAUUGCAUCGCUGCGAGCGGAUGCGGAGGAUCAAUAUGGUCUCCGCAUGGGAGAUAUCGCACCGAAUGUCGAUCGCCUUACAGCUGGAGGCUUUGGCAAGGACGAUGGAGCUAGUGUCAGAAAGGCAUACGAAGGUGUUCGAACCGAAAUGAUUGAAGCAUCCCGGAAUCACCAAAAGAUUGCCAGCAACAUUCGCGAACUUGUGGUGGCGCCGUUCCGGCGCUGGAGCGAACAGCAUGAGUACCGUGUGCAGGCGUCCCAUGAUAGCCUCCAAGCGCGCAUCAAGGAGCACACCAAGCAGAUGGAACUGGUGAAGAAGCUUCGGAGCACUUAUUUCAACAAGUGUCGUGUGGUAGAGGAUCUCGAAGAAGAGAACAAGCUUGCUUUCCAGGAUCCGGACAACAGCCCCAGACUUAAGCCCACACCGAAAAUCAUUCUGCCUAGCGACGAAGGGCCCGAGGAGGAGGAGGAUCCGAUCGAAAUAGGAGAGCGCAUCUUCCCUCCAGAGGAGGUGAAGAAACUUCUCACCCACAUGCUUGACAACAUCAAGAUUGGCGAGGCCAAGGUUCCCAUUAUCGGCACAUAUCAGAACGUCUCCACCGGCGCAGACAUUGUGGAGUAUAUCCAGAAUAACAUGGAUGCCAGCAAUCUUGCCCAGGCCGAGCGUAUUGGCCAAGACCUGGCGGACAAUGGUUUCCUGCGCCUCGUGGGCAAUAUAGGCAACACUUUUGCUAACAGCUCCAAGUUGAACUACCAGUGGCGCAGCAAGGUUUUCCAAAUCACCGGAAUCCCAGAAAAGAAGAAGCCGUUGAUGCGCGUUACUUCUGCGGCCUCUAGUGAAGAUGGCGUCGAUUCACCCAUCCAAUCAAUGACCGAAAUGAUCGACCGCUGGAAUCCACUCAACAACCCUUACCCGAAUGAGACUCCGGCUGAGAAAUUGCGGCGAGAGGCUACCGAAGCGGACGAGCGCUACAAGCAGGCUGUGCGUAAACUCGAUCAGCUUCGUUGUCGGCUAGAGGAACAUAUUAUUGAAAACCUGCGCUUCAUGGAGCAAUGUGAGCUAGAUCGCCUCAAGGCUAUCAAGGCGGUUGUACUCGACUUCUCCGGCGCUAUCAGCAAUGUGAUUCCCAACCUUCAAAGUACUGUGGAUCACAUGAUGCUUUACCAGGAGACGAUCCAACCCCUCGGUGACUUGCGAUAUCUACUGGAGAACUACCGCACUGGUGGUUUUGUUCCUCGCGUCCAGGCGUACGAAAACUACUAUGGAUCUGUGGAAGAACAAAACUUCGGCGUUGACCUUGAAGCUAGAGCCCGGGUGGACCGCAAGCGUGUUCCCAUUCUGGUCACUACUCUUCUGACUUACUUGGACAACCGCUACCCCGAGCUUGAAGGCGACGAGGCCCGCCGGGCUAUCUGGUUGCAUAACCCCAAGCUUGCGCAGACUCAUGAGCUCCGCAACGCUCUGAACAACAGCAAAGUGGAUUACAGCGAAGUCCUCCCCCAGUUUGAGAUACCCAUCGUCGCCAGCGUUUUGAAACUGUACCUUCUUGAAUUGCCAGACUCUCUUGUUUCUUCACAAGUUUACGAAAUCGUCAAAACAAUCUACUCGACUACCGCUCACGAGACCACGGAAGAGGGACGGAUCAAGGUUCUGCAGAGCACCCUUGGACAACUCCGUCUCGUCAAUAUUGCCACGCUUGAUGCCAUCAUGACCCAUUUCACACGUCUGCUUGAUCUGACCUCAGCCGAUGAACAAUACAUUGCCUCGCUGGCGCAGGUCCUGGCACCCUGUGUGCUGCGCCCGCGCACAGAGAGCAGCCUCACUAUGGAUGAGCGCCACAGCUACCGUCUGAUCCGUGACCUCUUUGCCCACAAGGAUUCUAUCUUUGGAGAGCUGAAGCGCCAAUCCAGUGCUCUGGGCAUCUCUACCUCCAGUCGCCCGCGAGCAAUCAGUACCGAUGAGAGCAACCGACGUGCUGCCAUGGAGGCUCGCCAGCGCGCCAUUGUGAACCGCAGCCGUGCCGCCAGCCCGUCCACCCGCCAACGCCACCGCCGUGACCGCUCCAGCGGCGCAUCUGAGACCGGCCGCUUCCCAAUUAACGUGUCCAGUCCGGCAGACCGCCGCUCCGGCGGUACCGCGCGUCACACCAGCCUCGAUGUGCCCACAAACCCAUCUAGCAAUGAAACGCCCCCGACUCCUGAUCACCCUCAACCUGUUGUGGACACUCAUGUGGAAGAGGCUGCUACCAAUGGCACAUCUCCGACUCUCCCAGUCCCCCUCCCCCCAGAGACUGUCUCAGAUGGCUCCCCCACUCCCACUCCCACCCCUGCCCCUGGUACUGGCGAGUUUGAAAAGCGCAACCCCCACCGCUCUUCAGGCGCCCGGUCCACCCGCAAGCCCGGUCUCGGAAGCAUCUCCAGCUUCCCCGCCGGCGCCGGCGCCGGCACCGACAGCAGCCGAAGCAGCGUCGCCGAGAGCGAAUCCAAGGGAGUGACUCUGGAAGACAAGCCCAUGGAUGACUAA